AUGUUUAUCACUGCGCGAUCUGUUUUGCUUGCGCUAGAAGUCUUGUCUGCCACCGUAUCUGUACCCAUCGUCAACUUGGGUUAUGCCCGGUACCAGGGAUCAGUUGACACGGCGACAAACAUCACCAGUUUCCUUGGAAUACGCUACGCAGCCCCUCCAGUCGGCGGCUUGAGAUGGGCAGCUCCGCAGCCACCAUUGACCGUCUCUGGGGUUCAACAAGCUACCACACAACCAAACGAAUGCAAUCAAGCAGUCAUAGGCAACUCUCCGACAAAUCCGUUUGAAAGCACCUCUUUGAGGAAAAGGGCUAUUAGUCAAUCUGAAGACUGCUUAUUCUUGAAUGUAUACACUCCUGGAAGUGAAAUGGUGGCCACUUCGGCAGGAGGGCUACCAGUCGUCGUUUGGAUUCACGGAGGAGGGUAUACUGAAGGAGCCAUAAGCGAAUUCAAUGGCGCAGAUCUAAUUAUAGAGUCGAGUUAUGGUGUCAUCGCUGUCUUACUUCAGUACCGUCUCGGUUUAUUCGGUUUUCUUCCUGGUGAAGCGGUCAAGGAAGGGGGUGCACUCAAUGCUGGACUACUCGACCAGAAUUAUGCGUUACAGUGGGUGCAGACCUACAUAAGCAGCUUCGGCGGCGACCCCACGAAGGUCACAAUUUGGGGAGAGUCCGCUGGUGCCGGUUCAGUGAUACAACAUAUCGUUGCUCAUGGAGGAAACACGCAGCCUCCCCUCUUCAGAACCGCCAUGACUAGUUCUACGGCCUCGCGACCCCAAUACAACUAUAAUGACCGGAUUCCGGAGAUGUUGUAUAGUGAAGUCGUCAAUGGAACAAACUGUGCCUCAAGUUCGGAUACCCUCUCUUGUUUGCGCGCUGCAGACGUCAAUACUCUACAGACCUUGAACUAUAACAUCAACGUCAACGACUUCUUUGGCAUGUUCGCAUUCGUCCCUGUUGUGGAUGGCACUUUCAUCUCGGAGAGGCCUACCGUGACGAUAAGGAAAGGUCGUUUGAAUGGCAACUAUCUCCUUGCUGUGACCAAUUCGCACGAGGGGGUCACUUUCGUCAACCAAUCGAUGACAUUGGAUGUUGCAGAUUAUGUCAAGACGCUUUUCCCGAAUUUCGGUCCUGCUCAAGUUGCUGGAGCGGUAGCGCUGUACCAGAACUAUGGAAGUAACGUUAACCAAGCAAGUCUUGUGAUAGGUGAAUCAAUAAUCGUCUGCCCCACGUAUUAUCUCCUCUUAGGAUUUGGAGAACGAGCUUGGAAAGGCGAGUUUGCAAUCCCGCCUGGCCUGCAUGGAAAUGAUAUUCCGUACUACUUCACCUCAUAUGGAUACACCCCAGGGGAUAUCACGCCUUCCUGGACAUCUUGGCAACAUGAUUUGACGGAGAUGAAGUUCAACAAGACAUUCGCGGGAGCACCCGACGUUCACACUUUCAAGACUGAUAGCGCCUUGCUGGAGCGUUGCGCGUACUGGCUAAGCGUAUCAGCGUAUUCAGCGCAAUGAAUGGAAUUUGAGCGCUGCUCUGGCAUCUACGUGAGCUGAAUAGUCUUGCGACAUGUUUGUCACCCGUAUGUCUCCAUCCAGCAGCUUGUCACAAAUGCUCUGGUUGUAAGAUCAUUAUGCGGCGAGACUUUUGCGUCAAUCAAAAUAUCCAUUGAUUUAUCAGUUGGCAACGACCCUACCACCAUCCUUACUAUACGUAGCCUGCUGGUGAUGUCUAGAACUUCCAGUCUGAGUAUAUCCACUGUCAGGCCUUCCCAAGACGACCCUAUCGCAACGGAGAUGCAUAAUUCUUUUGCACCGCAAAAAUAUUGUCAGCAGGUUUCGAACCUACUCCAAGAGAAACAGAUUUCGACUCUGAAACUUGCCAUUCGGCACGUUUUGAACCUGCGUCAAAGAGAG